UUCCCGCGUGCAUUUCUGCUUACCUUGCACUCAAUCAUAUCAAAUUGCUUUUCCUUUGUGAUUCAAUCAAAGUAAUUACCAAAAAAUGCAAGCAGCGGGUCGUUCUUACCUUAAAAUGCGUUCCCAGAGGCACGAAAGGUGCGCAAAAGGUGGUGGAUGGAAAACACUAACAUCGGGCAAGAAUGCACGUGGUUCUAAUAGUGCAGGAGGAGAUUUGGCCAACGAUAUAAAAAAAUACGCAGAUAAGAUAGAGAACCUUGAUGAGAAAAUCAAGAUGAAUGUCAGAGUGCUUUUGAAGCACGAAGAUUUGAUGGCUAUAAAAGAACAACUGAAAAGUUCCAGAGGAAAGAACAAGUCUUACAAGGAAAAAUCAUCAGCUUUUGCAUUUGAUGAUGAUAGGGCAGGCAAAGACAUGGCCAGUUCUUCAGAGAGGCAUGAUGUCAAAUUCAAUAUGAAAGAACAUGUCAUGAAAGCACAUUUCAGUGGUUCAGAAUAUAACAAUUCCACUGCGUCGGCCCUCGUUAAUUCAAAUUCAGUGGCAUCACCAAGCAUUGAAACCUCUGAUGAGGAAACUGAAUCUGAAUCUGAAGAUUCGGAUGUAGAUGAAUCAGAAUCUCUAGAAUCAGGAUCUGAAGAUUCGGAUGUAGAUGAAUCAGAAUCUCUAGAAUCUGGAUCUGAAGAUUCUGAUGUGGAUGGAUCAGAAUCUUCAGAUACCGAUGUUUUUGAUUUGGUCCAGCGCAUGGACGACUUUGCAGAUACGUUAGCUGCGAAAUACGGCUCCAUUUGAAAAUAAUCUUCACUAAUUUCUUGAAUGUUUUAACACACGUAUUAUUUUUAUUUGUUACCACUCAAUGAGGGUCUAUCUAUAAAUCAAAUCACUAUGA